CCGAGUUCCCUCGAAACACGAGAGAAUUCAAACGACGUUCUCGUUGGUGAGAGAGAGAGAGAGAGAAUGGCGUCAAGAGUUUCUGCGUGGUUUUCGAUCCUUCUGUUUUCAUUGAUUGUGUCUUCUAUAAGUGCGGAGGAGACAGAGACGAAGGAGUUCGUGUUGGCUCUGGAUCACUCUAACUUCACCGAUACCGUCAGCAAGCACGACUUCAUCGUCGUCGAGUUCUACGCCCCAUGGUGUGGACACUGCCAACAACUUGCUCCUGAGUACGAGAAGGCUGCAUCUGAGUUGAGCAGCCAUGACCCUCCGAUCGUUCUCGCCAAGGUUGAUGCCUCCGAUGAAGCAAACAGAGAUCUUGCGAACCAGUUUGGGAUUCAGGGCAUACCCGAAAUCAGGAUUCUGAGAAAUGGAGGAAAAUCAUCUCAAGAAUACAAGGGACCUCGUGAUGCCGAGGGAAUUGUCGCUUACUUGAAGAAGCAAAAAGGCCCUGCUUCGGUCGAAAUUAAGUCAGCUGAGGAUGCUGCUGAGGUUGUGGGUGACACGAACAUUGUUGUGGUUGGAGUUUUCCCUGAAUUAUCUGGUGAGGAGUAUGAGAACUUCUUGGCCAUUGCCGAGAAACUGCGUGCUGACAGCGACUUUGCUCACACAUUGGAUGCCAAGCUUCUUCCACGUGGAGAGUCAUCUGUUGCAGGGCCUCUGGUUAGGCUAUACAAGCCUUUCGAUGAACCUUUUGUUGACUCCAAGGAUUUCAACAUGGAAACGUUGGAGAAGUUUGUCAAGGAAUCUAGCAUGCCACUUGUCACCAUCUUUGACAGUGAUCCGGCCAACCAUCCAUACAUUAUCAAAUUCUUCGACAGCACCGGUACCAAGGCAAUGCUGUUCAUGAACUUCUCCGUUGGAUCGGUCGAGUCUUUCAAAACAAAGUAUUAUGAAGUAGCUAAGGCUUUCAAGGGACAAGGUCUUAGCUUUCUUAUGGGAGAUGCUGAGGCCAGUAAAGGAGCUUUCCAGUACUUCGGAAUCGAAGAGAGCCAGAUUCCUCUCAUCGUCAUCCAGACUGCUGAUGGCAAGAAGUAUUUGAAAGCAAAUUUGGAGGUCGAUCAAAUCGAAUCGUGGGUGAAGGACUACAAGGAUGGAAAAGUUGAGGCUUACAGAAAGUCUCAACCUGUUCCGACCGAAAACAACGAGCCAGUGAAGGUUGUUGUGGCAGACAGCAUCGACGACAUGGUUUUCAACUCGGGGAAGAACGUUUUGCUUGAAUUCUACGCUCCGUGGUGUGGACACUGCCAAAAGCUUGCUCCGAUCUUGGACGAAGUCGCAGUCUCAUUCCAGAGCGACCCGAGUGUCGUUAUUGCGAAACUAGACGCAACAGCAAACGAUUUCCCGGUAAACACAUUCGACGUGAAGGGUUUCCCAACAAUGUACUUCAGGUCAUCGAAUGGGAGCAUUGUGCAGUACGAAGGAGACAGGACGAAGGAAGCAAUCAUAAGCUUCAUCGAGGACAACAUGGCAAAACCCGUGACCGAGGAACCGAAAACUGAGGAGCCCAAGGAGGAGGAGAAGCCGGUGAAGGAUGAACUCUAAACCGAAAAACUCGGGACCGUGGUAAGCGUGUUGCUCUCGCUGCUAUACAGGGUAGUUACGAGGAGGAAUACAUACACACAGUUUUGAGGAGGAAGGAUCUCCUAUCUAUCAGAUGGCAGCCUCAUUUCCAUUUUCCAUUCUCUCUUCUUCUCUCCUUGGGAUUUUUUUUUUUUUUUUAUUUAUGUUGGUUCUUUCGAAUAAUCUAUCUUGUUGGGUGGUGUUCCAUGAAUAAAAACAGGUUGAGGCAACAACCUUCGAGCAAGGUUUUGUAACGUUAUAUGCGUUUGUGGGAA